GAAGUUCCGCGCCAGCCGGAGGCCGGCGUCGGGGCGGAAGCGGGGUUCUUCCAGGAGCCACGUCCUGGAGUUCGGAGCCGAGAGCAUCUUCACCUGGUGUUGAGAUUGAAUAGACCUUAUUAGCAUAUUAAAAUGGCUGUGCCCAAAGACGCCGUCCCUUCUUUGUCGGAAUGCCAGUGCCAGAUCUGUAUGGAAAUCCUAAUCGAGCCCGUAACCCUUCCUUGUAACCACACGCUGUGUAAUCCAUGCUUCCAGUCGACUGUCGAAAAGGCCUCCCUGUACUGUCCCUUCUGUCGCCGUCGGGUAUCUUCGUGGACUCGGUACCAUGCCCGGAGAAAUUCUCUGAUCAACAUGGAACUGUGGAAAACCAUUCAAAAACACUAUCCAAAGGAAUGCAAGCUUAGAGCCUCUGGGCAAGAAUCGGAGGAAAUCGCUGAUGAUUGUCAGCCAGUUCGCCUGUUAAGUCAGCCUGGGGAAUUGAGAAGAGAAUAUGAAGAGGAGAUAAGCAAGGUGGAGGCAGAGCGACGAGCCAGCGAGGAAGAAGAAAACAAAGCUAGUGAAGAAUACAUACAGAAGUUAUUGGCAGAGGAAGAAGAGGAGGAAAAAAGACAGACAGACCAAAGACAAAGAGAAAUAGAAGAACAACUGAAAAGUGAUGAAGAACUGGCAAGAAAGCUAAGCAUUAACAUUAACAAUUUCUGUGAGGGAAGUAUCUCGGCCUCUCCUUUGAAUUCCAGAAAAUCGGAUCCAGUUACAACCAAGGCUGAAAAGAAAAGUAAGAACAAACUAAGAAACAAUGGAGAUAUUCAGAAGUAUUUGUCACCUAAAUCUCAGUUUGGAUCAGCAUCACAGCCUGAAGUUGUACAAGAAGUCAGGAAAAACUCCCUAUCUAAGGAAAUUGUCAAUAGUGAUGUGAAAAGCCCUCCAUGGCAAGACACAGAAAUUGAAGAAGACAUGCCAACACUUUCUCCUCAAAUAUGCCCUGAAAUUCAAGACCAAAGUGCAGAGUCUUCAAUAGUGUCAUCCAUGCCAUGGUUAUGUGCCUGUAGUGCCAAAUGGGGCCUUGAUGGAAAAAUCAAAACAGGACCAAACAAUCAUGAUAAAGAAUUGUGUGACUUAAAUCAUGAAGGACCUGACACAAGAGUUCCCUGCUCUAGAGAAGCUGCAGAUAUGCCUUGUGGCAAAACACAGAAAGAGUGUACUGUAUCAGGCAUGACACAGAUCAUUGAAAACAACACUGUAGAGGCAGAAAGUAAAGAGUCUUGUCAACUGAUCAGUAAGGAUAUUUCCAAAAGAAAAAACCAAGAAUCUUCAUUGAAAGCAGUCAGGGAUCCAUGCUUAUCUACAAAAAGAAGAAAAAUGUUGCCCAUAUCUUCCUCGGAUCAAGAGAACACAGAAAUGAACUUUACCCAAAAAUUGAUAGAUUUGGAACGUCUACUCUUUGAGAGACAUAAACAAGAAGAACAGGACAGGUUAUUAGCAUUACAGCUUCAGGAAGAGGUAGAUAAAGAACAAAUGAAGCCAAACCGGCAAAAAGGGUCCCCGGAUGGCUAUCACUUACGUGCCACAUCCUCACCUGUAGACAAAUUGCUAAAUGGACAGGGGAGGAGUUCCAGAAAUGGGAGCUUCAAAAGACAGACUGAUAGAGAAGGUUCAGAACCACAGCGAGGUUCCAAAAAUGAGGACUGGCAACCCUUUGAAGUCCAGUUGAAGCGUUCUGUUAACGGGAGGAAGAUGCCAAGCUCUACUAAAAAUAACUGUAAUGUAUCUAAAAGCACUAGUUCCCUACAGCCUAGUAAUUCACAGAAAAGUAUUUUUCAGAUGUUUCAGAGAUACACAAAAUAACAUAUGGGUAAAGGGAGUGUUUUGUAAUCUAGUAAGCUGAAUUAUGAAGCUCUCU